AAGUUGUAGGUUCUAUGUUAUAGAUUUAUUUGAUACAUAAUUUAUUUUUAAUUCCAACACACAAAUAAAUUGUUCCCUUGAAGAGUGGGACAGGCUUGCUAUGGGAAGCUACUUAUGUGUAACACUUUAGCCCCGUCUCACCUCCCUCGGACUAGUAAAAAAGAUGGUGCGGUAGGUGCAGGUAGAGCAGGCGGAAAAAUGAUAAACGGCUCAAAUAUAAGAGCCUUCCCUCCAACUCCGAUUUUGUUCCCUUUGGAGUAGACUCUUGAGCCGUGGGUUCAAAUGCACAUGCGCUAAUUAAUGAUUGAAGUUGACCCCUGGUGAUCCCAGAGCUGGUACUUUCCUCGCUCAACGAAUAAGUAUCGCAAUACAGCGAUGAAAUGCUGUCAGCGUUAAAAGUACACACUGCCAAAGGGACCAAACUUUUAUAUUUGUUUUCAUUUUCUAUUCAUUAUUUUUGUAUUAUUAUAAUUACUACUGUAUAGGAUAAGAAUAUUCUAAAUACCGUAUAUUUGUGUAUCGAAUUAAAUUAUUGUGACAAUGAAGUAACCAUUUUAUAUUAUAUACAUACCUAAUUUAAAAUGCUGGUUAGUUCAAAAAAAUAUGAAAAUGACAACUGUACUGGCUAAAGAAAUAAACUAGUAAAGAAAACAUAUUUUAUAAAAUAUUUUACUCGUUAAAAUGUAAAAUAAUAAAAAUGACCAAUUCUCAUAUUUCUUUACUAGAUUUGUCAAAACAGUUAUUUUUUGAAAUCGAUGACGCAACAAAGAAACAAUUAUGUUUCUCUGAAACGUUAGUAAUCAGUUGUGGACAUUGUGAAGGUGACGUUCGGGAUGAGGCUUCUGCUUCCGAAUGGACAUGUGAAGAGUCCUCAGACAGCGACUUGACCGUGGUCAAGCCAUCCAGUUUCAUUAGAGAAGGAAAAGAAGUCGAGCCAGAGUCACCAGCUGAGAAAGACCCAGAUGAGACUGAGAAAGAUUUUCAUUUUUUUUUCUUUCCUGAUUGCUCAAAGCCACUCCCCGAACAAGAUAGCGUAACUAGUAUAAUUAUUGAGAAUGGUUUGCCAAAAGUAAACCCAGCUGUGUUAAAUAAAGUGUUUUGUUCCUGUGACAUAGACAAGCAUGGAACGUGCCCCUGCCAUACUAAAGUACCAUGUAGAUGUGGAGCAAAAACUAAAGCGGAGUGUAAAUGUCAGCAUUUAGAGAAUAUAUGCAUAUGCGACGAUGGCAAACCACAACCGGUAUGCACAUGUAAACCAAGUAACGUUUGUGUAUGUCAUCCUGAUUCUACACCAAGACCUGUUUGCACCUGUGCACAAGUUGAUAAGCCUUGUAUUUGCAAACCAGGCUUGUUCCCAUGUCCCGUAUGUACAUGUAAACACAAACCCCACUAUCUUUCUAUGGAAAAUCAUGAAGAAAAGGGCGAAGAGUACGGCGAGGACCUAGCUGAAGAAGAAGUUAAAACUGUUGAACAAAUACCAGAGGAAACUGAAAAGGAACCAUGUCUCUGUCAGAAGCCAGAAAAAGUGGUGAAACCGAUAUGUUUUUGCAAGAAAGGUAGGGAGUGCAUCUGUGAGCAAGAUGUAUGUAUAUGUGGAGUGCAACCUACUUGCGUCUGCGAGAAAGUUGAAGAAGAAGAACCACCCUGUAAGGAUGACGAUAAUAAAUCUAUCUGCAGUUGCCCUGUAGUUCCACUAUGCACUUGUUUUGCGGAAUCCCCUGAAAAGUGCAAGUGCUUUCCAAAUCCACAAAUUUGCACUUGUGGAGAUCCAGAAAAUUGUAAAUGUUUUAAAAGUUGUGAAUGCACCGAUCCUUGCCUUUGUGACACUGCACCACCUAAAGAGGAAGGGAUAUGUACGUGCCCAGAUAAUAAAACGAUUAAGGCGGGGGGUCUUAUUUGUACGUGUCCACGCAAAAAGCCAGUUCAAAGGAAGUUAAAAAGAACAAGGGCCGGUAAGCAUGGCUACCGUUGGUGUCACGAUGUCGAUCCCAAACAUACAUAUUUUGAUUAUGGAUAUGGGAGACAUGAUAAAAUUUCGUACAAGGAGGAAGAACGAGAGAAAAUUAAGAUUUUAGGUCUUCACGAAGAAAAAGUUGAUGAUGCGGCUGGACCAUGUCCUGUUCAUGAAAUUAAAGCACCCGCGUAUGUAAAAAAAAUACGUAAGCCAUCAUUGGAUUGCUGCAGCGCUGUUGGGGGAAUAAGUAUUAGUGUGGAAACUUUGGGUGAGGAUGAGGCGAAAUUUUUGGUUCAAGUUGUUUCUCAUUCAUCAAAGGACGGAGCUAAAACUGGGUCAAAGCUUGUCAGUAUUUUAGAUUGCAAUUUACAUACAAUGGAGGAAAGUAGGAGCGAACAAAUUACAAAGAAAGACGCAACGAAGGAGCGUCGGAGUUAUAUGACAAUUUGUGAGAGCGGCUAUUACAAUAAAGUGACCCGUAUUUGUGGGGAGCGCCAUUUUGUAAGGCGCAUUUACCAUUCGUUUGAAGAUGCCCGCAAUUUUUUACUUGAAGGGGCUAAUAUUGUUCUGCUGCGAUAUUUGGGAAUCAGCCGACACAAGGGCACGAUAAAGACUGACACUGUACUCAUUGAUGGUGUUAUAUGCGAAAGUUUAUACGUAUGUCCAGGUACCAGUCAAGCUAUUGUUAAUGGGAAGCCGUUGUUUGUAGUCAAAGUGGAACGGCAUAUAAUAGAACCAUCUGGAUUUAUUCAUCAGACACUGAUUGUUCUUACUCUUAAAGGUUACCUUGUAAGCCACGAGUGGGCUGACAAUAAUUACAUAAUCCACUUAAACCCAUUACUACGUGUCGUCCCUGAAAAGGAUGAAAUAGAGCCCCAUGCUCCAACGCGGGAAAAAUGGAGAGAGGACCUACAGUUAUUCUCGGAUUAUCUGGACUUUAAGAGUUCCCGCUCAUCAGAAGGCGGCCGGUACGUGACUGAGAACGGCGAACUGGCUGGCACCAUUCGAGACUAUCUUCAGACAUUACUAUUGCUACGCCCUCACGACGCGUUGCAUUUCACCAAGCACUAUUUUGGUGCGGCAUUGUCGGCUCUCGACUUACCGCAUAACGAAUAUUUCGAUCCAUGCACUAAGCAUGUUAGAUAUUAUUUUUUUGAGGAAUAAUUUUUCAAUUUCUUUAGCAUUGGAAAUUUUUGGUUAGGAUAAUCAUUACCUAGAUGAUGUUUUAGCUCUCUCAACAUUUUUGAUUAUUUGGCAACUCUUCAAUGUAUAGAAGUAUUUUUGCACAUAACAUC